AUGAACUCUUCAACGUUUGUUCGGCAGUCGCUUGCCCAGCGCGGGCCCCAGCGAACUCGACGCCGCAGCAAGAAUCGACUUGAACGUGCCGGCGACCGCAUCAGCCGUGUCAUUGGCACCUUUACUGACAAGAUCAUGCCGCAGCGUGAAGAGAGCACACACGAUGACGAGGACGACAAGCCCUUUGAGGCCAGAAAGACGUGGAAUCGCGUACUCGAGGUCGUGACUGACAAGGUUCGACGUGACAAGCGCCUCGGCGCCCAACUCAAGGAACCUCUGCAAGCGGCCAUCAACAAGGGCUGGAACACACGUCACCACAGCUCGUAUCUAAAGGUCCACGUCCUUCUAACCUACUGGGCCGAUGACGACGAUGCAAAGGACGCAGCCAAUCAACUAGAUUCGCUCUUCAGGGACAAGUAUGGCUUCAAUGUCUUCAUCUUUCCUCUUCGUGUCGACAACCCCGAGCCUGCCAAGAAGCUGGCCGGUCUGCUCAAGAGCUUCAUGGAGAUCCAUGGAAAGAAGGACAAUCUGCUAAUCUUUUGGUAUGGAGGAGCCGCUCACCUAUCUGGAGACGGACGCGGCCGUACCAUGUGGUUUGGCAGGGGAAACGGCAAUAUGCUCAUCAGCUCGGGACUGGUCACCAAGACAUUGGCUGGACUUCUCGAAGCCCCUCCGUGCGACGCAGAUAUCCUGACAUUGUUCGACGCGCAGCACAGCAUCAAUGAUAUGGUGUCUAGUGCAGGUUCCGGCAUCUUUGAGCAUCUGGGAGCUUCUGCCAACGUCGAUUUGGCAUCCUGGAAGUACAAUGGUUGCUUCACCAGAUCGCUGAUCGACAUCCUCGGUCGCCAGGAGGUAAUCCGACAUGGCAUCUCUGUCCCAGAUCUCCACAGAGAGCUGAUCCAACGCGCUGGAAACAUCCGAAGGGAUAUCUCUGAGCUGCAAUCCAGACAGAAUCUGAACAGCACUCACAGCCAAAACGUUGUGACUCGAUACGGAUACAUGGCCCGCACUCCUCCUCCUCCCGUCUACUGCCGCCUUUCUCCUCUACUGCCCCGCAGCAAGAACAAGAGCGGCAGUGUCGUUCUGUCUCAGCUUGACCGCCAACUCGAGUACUUCUCGGUCAGUCCGGACAACGAGGAUAUAGACGUGCAGCUCAUCGUCAAGUCCAACAACGAUCGACUCGAUUUUCCGAGUUGGAGAACCUGGCUCCAGAAUGCCCCCCCUCAAGUCGAGAAGAUUCGAGUUAGACGAAUCGAGGGAUCAGAGUAA